GGCAACGGCCGGCGCGCGGAGGGGGCGGGGGCGCGCGCGCCCCGGCGCAUGGAGGCGAUGCCUUGCCAGAACCAGCGGCUCGGCCCGCGGCCGCAGGACGAGCAGCCGGCGCCGGCGCCGGUGACAGCGAGCGGCGGCUCACGGCUGAUCCGCUUCGCGGAGCCCAGCGAGGACAGCGGCUGCCCCAGCCCGGACAGCAGCAGCAGCAGCAGCAACGGGGUCGUGGCGGUGGCACCGCCGCCGCCGGUCCCCUCGGCGGAGGGCGUCGAGCCGGCGAUCGGGCCUCAGCUGAAGCUGCUGCCCAUGAACGAUCAGCUCCGGGAGCUCCAGACCAUCAUCAGGGACAAGAAAUCCAGCAGAGGAGACUUCGUGUUUUCUGCUGAUCGUCUGAUCAGGCUUGUGGUUGAGGAGGGACUGAAUCAACUGCCAUACACAGAAUGUACUGUGACCACUCCGACAGGACACAAGUACGAAGGCGUCCGAUUCGAAAAGGGAAACUGUGGUGUGAGCAUCAUGAGAAGCGGAGAGGCAAUGGAGCAGGGCUUACGGGACUGCUGCAGGUCCAUCCGCAUCGGGAAGAUCCUGAUACAGAGCGACGAGGAGACGCAGAGAGCCAAAGUGUACUAUGCCAAGUUCCCCCCAGACAUUUACAGGAGGAAAGUGCUGCUGAUGUACCCGAUACUGAGUACUGGCAAUACUGUCAUUGAGGCUGUCAAAGUUCUGGUGGAACACGGCGUACAGCCGAGCGUCAUCAUCCUGCUCAGCCUCUUCUCCACCCCUCACGGUGCCAAAUCCAUCAUCCAGGAGUUCCCCGAGAUCACCAUUUUGACUACAGAAGUUCAUCCCGUGGCACCAACACACUUUGGACAGAAGUACUUUGGGACAGACUGACACAUGGAACAAACCUCUAGGAUGUUACAAGAAGGGGUUUUUUUCUACAUUUUAAUAUCAUUGAGUUGGUGAGGGCAUGUAUCAAAAUACCUGGCCAAAGGAGGAAUUAUGUGGCUUUGGUUAGUCGUGGCCAGUUACUGCCUGAAGGUGGCAUCAGGUACAGUAACGAAGCCGAGCAUCUCAAUGGGGGGUUGUAUCCUUUGCUACACUCUCUGCUUUAACUUAUUUAUUCUUCUCUAGCCUGUCCUGUGGCUGCUUGCAGGAGCAAAAUAAAAUAACUAUAUCUCA